UCGUGUAUUCUUCUCCCCCCCCCGUUUCGCCGUUAAUACUGCAUCAACAUCCACAGGUCGACUCAUCGCUAGUCCGCCUGCACCUCCGCACCGUUCACCGGACAAGAUCCCCAGCCAGUCGCUCGCGGCCGCCUGCAGCCCAGGCACCUCGGAGCCUACGUCGAUAUCUGUAACACACUACCGCGCAGCUUGCGCACACUCAACAACAUUGGGUUGACGGCCUCGCUGUACAUCUGGGUGCUCAUCCCUGCCCACCGCCUCGCCGCCUAGUACAAGACGCCAGCAACGGCACCGACCACGACGCUCCCCGCUCGACACAGCUCUCCACUGUCGCCGCCAGCCCAUGUUUAACGCCCUUACAGCUACUCUGUAUCCACACCUCCGUUGGUAGCCGAACAGCUAUACACGUUCUGAGAAGGAGCUGGCCCUGGCUGGUUAGCCAGCACCGCCAUCAUGGCAGCACCAGCAUCAAAUGCCUACGCCCCUCGUAGGUCGGCAGCGUCGCCGACCUCAUCAGGCUCGACAGACCAGGUCAUCGGCAAGUUCAAGCGCCUGGAACACAUCGGCAAGGGAAGCUUUGCUGAAGUCUACCGAGGAAUACACAUCGAGAAGAAAGCUUCCGUAGCCAUCAAGUCUGUCAACAUGAACAAGCUCAACAAGAAGCUCAAGGACAACCUCGUGUCUGAGAUCUCGAUCCUCCGAAGCCUUCACCACCCACAUAUCGUCUCCCUGAUCGACUGCCAGGAAACACCAUCGCGCAUGCACAUCAUUAUGGAGUUCUGUGAACUAGGAGAUUUAUCAGCAUUCAUCAAGAAACGGGCGGACCUCACCAACCACCCGCAAACACAGCGCAUGAUCGAGAAGUACCCAAACCCGCCCGUUGGAGGACUGAACGAAGUCAUAGUGAGGCAUUUCGCGAAACAGAUGGCCAGCGCUCUGGAAUUCCUGAGGUCCAAGAACUACAUCCACCGUGAUCUGAAGCCACAAAACCUCCUGCUAAAUCCGUCCUCUUUGUACUACUCACAGAGCGGCACUCUCGAACGCAUGCCACUGGCCGCUGACGCAAACUCGCUAAUACCUGCCGUUGGAAUCGAGACGCUGCCUAUGCUCAAGAUUGCUGAUUUUGGUUUUGCCAGGAUUUUACCAACAACCUCGCUGGCUGAAACACUCUGCGGUUCUCCCCUCUACAUGGCGCCCGAGAUUCUUCGAUAUGAGAAGUACGACGCGAAGGCCGAUUUAUGGUCUGUAGGGACUGUGAUGUUUGAGAUGAUGUCUGCACGUCCUCCUUUUAGGGCGAACAACCAUGUCGAGCUUCUGCGCAAGAUCGAGGAACGCAAGGAUCAGAUUAGGUUUCCGGAAGGCCUUGUUUCCAGCCGAGCAAUGAAGACGCUCAUCCGUGCAUUGUUGAAGCGCAAGCCUACAGAGCGCAUGUCGUACGAAAGCUUCUUCUCAGACCCUGUAAUCCGCGACGAAAUCCCUGGUCUCGUCGAUGAAGAUCUCCCGCUGAACAUGCAAGCCUCGGAACCAGAACCACCGGUCGAGCAACCUAAGCGAGUCCAGAAAAUGCCUGUUGAUAUGGAGCGCCGCGCUUCAGAAAGCCCGUAUUCACGAUCGCCUAGAGACAGGACUGGCCUCGCAGGGACACCACCACUCCGUCCCGUCUCACGCGCCAGUCCAAGCAACCUCUCCGGUACACCACCUCGUGUCCCAACAACCCGACGUGCCAGCAACACCCCCAUUACACCCAUUGAAGAGCAUGCACCUGCGCCUGUACGAGAGCAGCGACGUCCGACCCUUCCCAAUGCGAUGACGGCACCGGCACGCCCUCCAAUGGUACAGGACCCAUCAAUGGCUAUUGGGCAUCGUCGUCGCUUCUCAAAAGAUGACCCUCCUCCGGUGUCGUCAGGGCUGAAGCAGCGUCUUGAGCGCGAGUGCUUGCCACAGAAGACAGAGACCGGCGCUAUGAGGGAUGCGGCAGAGCGAGCUGCGCAGGACACGGCCCUAGACGAAGGCUUUGUUUUCGUGGAGAAGCGUCGUGUAGAGAUCGAUGCCCUUGCUGAUGAGAUUGCUGCAAGUCCACAGACUCAAAGGGACCGUAUGGUCACUCGAGACGGUGCGCUGCGACGAAGGGCUACUACUCAAGGAUCGCCAACGUCCACCACCGGCGCAACUGUCCCUUCAAGAGCAAUCUCUAUCCAACAGAAGAUACCAGCUGUCAUCCAGCGACCUGGUUCCUACGAGCGACGUCGACAGUAUCGUCCCAGCUUUGAAAGUGCCACUUCUGCACUCUCGAAAGCCAUGAACAUGGUGAACAUUCGAGGUCUCGGCCUUUCGCCGCCAAUGAUGAAGGGCAUCUCACCACCUCAGGGCUACGCUGCAUUCCCUGUAUAUCCCACCGCACAGAGCAGCCUUUUGCUUGUUGGCGACAGUGGCAAGACGACAGCCAAGGACGAAGAUGCCACCUCCGUAAAGAAGAUCGAAGAGCUUGCUCAACUGAGCCACGUCAUCUAUGGCUUCGCAGAAGUCAAGUACAAGCAGCUGGUACCCGUUGCACCGAGCGAUCAGGGACUCGGAGUCGGUCCCACUGGAGUUGCCAGGAAGCCUAGCAGCGAUGUAAUCGAGGAUGACGACGAGGACGAUGAGUUGACUCCGGAGACGAUCCUGAUCAUCUCUGAAGAGGCCUUGGUUCUGUACGUCAAGUCGCUUGCCAUGCUCAACAAGGCUAUGGAUGUGGCGGGUAGUUACUGGAACCGACAGCGUCGUGGCAGUUCAUCAGCCGAAGCAAUGAGUCGCGCGGCCGCAAACUCAGAGCGUCUGAACCGAGUUGUGUCCUGGACUCGAGACAGGUUCAACGAAUGCUGCAUCAAAUCUGAGAUCGUGGCUCGCAAGCUCAAGCAGGCACAACAGCAGCUACCAGAGGAUCAUCCAAGCCACCCACAGAAUCUGACAGGUGCUUCAGGCUCUGCAACCACUGUUGGCUCAGCUGAGAACAUCCUCCUGACCACCGGCGUUACGGCCGAGAAGUUGAUGUACGACCGAGCACUCGAGAUGAGCAGGACGGCUGCUGUGAACGAGCUUGUCAGCGCAGAUCUGCCGGGUUGCGCUCUCAACUAUUGGACCGCCAUCCUCAUGCUCGAAGCAAUUCUGGAGGAGGAAGACGAGUCGUCCAGUCGUAAGCUCGAGGGCGAAGAGAUUAAUGGACUCGAAUCUGAGGACCGUCAGUCAAUUCAAAAGCUCCUCGAGCAGAUGAGGGCCCGACACCGAGCACUGAAGAAAAAGCUGGAAAUCCAGAAAGCACAGAAGCGCAAUUCGAUUACAAGCGCGCCAUCGCCUUAUCCUGCCAGCCGCAGUUCGCCAUCGUCUCAGGGCACUGCACGAUAGCUGUUUCUCGAACGAAACACUGCAUCAGAUCGACACAACAACAUAAGCGGAUUAGCAGCACCGCAUUGAUUGGCGUUUUUUUUUUCGGGUUCAUGGGGGCGUUAUGGCUACAGCGCCCCUCACUCACAUACCGUUUGUUCUGAUUUAAUGAUUUUGGCUAGUGUUUACCUACGGUGUUCUGCGGCGCACACGCAGCAUACAUCAGCAUAGAUACCAGGUUGCGAACCUUGCAUUUCUCAUCAUACGGCGUUUACUUUUCGGCGGGGUUGGGUAUGGAUAGUCGCAAAGGAUGCGAGCAUAGGACGGCACAGACAUGACCAGCAUGGAGAAGAUGAGUGAGCACCUAGAAUGGACCACAAGGAGCGAUUGGAUGAGCAGGGGAGGAAACCUCAUACCUAGUGGACUACAGCAUCGAAAUUGAAAAACAAAUCAUAUCGCUAUCACAAUAGCCUGAC